UAUGCUGCGGAAUCUGUUGGCUCUUCGUCAGAUUGCCCAAAGGACCAUAAGUACUGCUUCACGCAGACCAUUUGAAAAUAAAGUUCCAGAGAAACAAAAGCUAUUUCAGGAGGAUAAUGGAAUUCCAGUGCAUCUAAAAGGUGGGGCAGCUGAUGCCCUCCUGUAUAGAGCCACCAUGAUUCUUACAGUUGGUGGAACAGCGUAUGCCAUAUAUCAGCUGGCUAUGGCGUCAUUUCCCAAGAAGCAGGAUUGACUUCAAUUUAUCAUUCCAGCAGUUGGUUCAGUUUAAUUCAGAGCUCUAUGGACCAGCAAUCUGAUAAAUAGCAGCUCUUCUUUGGGAUCAAUAUUUAUUCACUUGUACUAACUGCCACCAAUAAAGCAGUCUUUACCAUG